AUGUCUGAAAGGAGCGAGCCAGCGACAAUUGCGGGCGCCAAUAAAAAAUUGCGCGAACACAUUGACCAACAAAACGAGUCCAACGAUAGGAUCAAACAGCAAUUUGAAAAGCUCGAGAGCCUAGUGUGUUCGCAAACUGACAUCGCCAUACACCAAGCUGAACAGAGCAAGAAAACGGCUGAAAGGAUGGUCCGCAUAGAAGCAAUGCUGUACGAUAUGAAAGCAAGCCUCAAGGCAAUCCAAUCAAGAAGCCAACUAAUUAAGCUCUCAAUGUCCGAUACCUCCGACCCGACAAAGGAAAGGCCCCGGCAAAGCUAG